GCUGCCGAGUCCGUGUCACAGCUGCCUCACCUCCGAGUCAGGUGGUGCCCCAAGUUGACAGCCACCGGAAUAGCCGGUAAUAAACAAAGGCGUUAGAUAGCCCUCUUCCCGCUUCUUUCGCCGAAACCUCCACGUGUCCCAUCUUAUCCACUCCUUCCCGUUUUCCUUCCUUUUUCUCUUUCCCCCACUUCCUUCAAAUACGCCCCCACCUCCUCCCUUUCCAACUGUCAUAAAAAUUCCCCCCCACGCCAUUAUCACCGACCUCCGUCUCCCAACAAAGCUUCCUUCCUACUCUCCGAUCGCCGGAUUCUCGAAAACUCUAAUCUCCUUCAGAUCAAACAAAUGGCCGCCAAUCUCCUUCCUCUCAGACCCGCCGUCGUCUGCUCCUCGUCCAGCUUGGAGCCAAACAACCCCCGGAGAAUUCCCUCCUCCUCCGUCUCGCCGAAAUGGUGGUCCCCGCUCUUCGGCUGGUCCUCCGAGCCGGACUACGUCGGGACUUCGGAGAUCCAGCCGGCCGACGGCGACCAGAACAAGAAUCGGGCGGAUCUGGAGUCCAAGCAGGCCAGAUCUCGGUUUUCCCCGGGCUGCUUCACCGCCGAGAAGGCCAAGCAGCUCCGCAUGAUGACAUCGGGAGCGUCGUCGCACCACGACGUGAUGUACCACUCCGCCAUCGCCUCCCGCCUCGCCUCCGACUUCAAGAAGAACGACAACAGCUCCUCCUCCGCCGCUGCCGACCGGUAGCCUCCGGCCGAUUUAUUAAUUUGCCCUCACGCUUUUUUUUGCUCCCUCCCGUGUGUAAUCGAUCCGUUUCCUAGAUCCGUCUUUAAUUUCUUAGAUUUGUAAGAUAAUUUUCUUUCGUUUUUUUUUUCUCGCUUUUGCGCUGCGUCGUUGGCCGGCUCCGUCCGUCAGCCAGUCAGUCCGUCCGUCCAUAAAUUUUAGUUUGGAGGCAGAAAAGCGUGGGAUGAUUCCGGUGACUUCUUCUUCUUCGUCUUCUAGGGUUUAAUGUUUGUUUGAUUAGUUCCUUGUUUGUAACAGACGAAUUAACUAGCUUCUUCUGUAAAGCAGUCGAUGAAAAAACAAAGAUUAGUGUCCGUCAUCAUGUUCUUUAAUUUCGUAUGCUGUUUCAACUAUUUUCCGGCGGAUCUGUGCCGCCGGUUCCGCCAUGGAAGCGGUUGGGUUUGGAGCUUUGCAUGUACCAUUUUCCGGCUGAAUCGAACCGGUUUGCAAUCUGCUGAUUGGCCGUCUGAUUAAUUAGAGCACUGUUUCAUAAACAAUGCCGUGCCUUCCUCAUAUAAAUUCGGGCCCACUUUCCACUAAUUGGAUCAUUAGCUUCAAGAUCCAAUAAUUCAUCGUUUUUUAUUAGUUUAAUCGUGGAUUUAUAUAUGAAAUUAAUGUUAAAUGAUGUAUUUAAUCACAAUUAAGCCGCCCGAGGAUAUUGAUUCUGGUAUUUGGCCAACUAGACUGAAGAAUAUGCUCUUGCUCUGCUCUAUAUUAGAUAUAUUUAUUAUUUUCUGUUAUUUUUUAAAUACAAGAUUUGGAUUUAACGAUGAAAUUUUUUCUGCCGAACAGAGUUCCCUUCAAAUUGGAAUUUAUGCAAAAUUAGCCGAUUGGAUCAUUAAAUCGAAUCCUAUGAAAUUCCCCAUUGGUGUAGUAAUAGUAUCACUAAUUUUGAAUCUUAAGAAUUUUGAGGUUUUAGAUUCGAAUUCUUAACGUAUAUAAUAUAACAGCAACAAAAUAAAAUCAAUAUCACCUUUAUUAAAAAAAUAAAAUCAGUGUAAACCUUACCGUAUGAAAUAGUUGAAUGAACAUUAAACUACAAGUUAAGCAUAAAAUAUUAUACCAUUGACUUAUACGGACCAAAAUUUGGUUCCGGUGACAAUUCAAUCACUAUAGUUCCCAAAAUGCGGCUAAUUGAUGCCUCGACUAUAUUCUAUAUUCUUUUCCUACGUUCUAACUAUAGUGAUAGACGGAAAAAAUGGGCGGAUUUGGCCGGUAGCAGAGCAGCCGGCGGGGGGGAAUUGUGGUGACGGAAAUUGCCGGGAAGAAGCAAUGAAUGAAACUAAAGUGC